UUUUCUGAAAAUAUAACGACGAAGAUAUUAUUAUUUGAGGACACGAUGGCUGAACGUGCAACAUCAAGAAUGUCAUACAAAACUGUGGCUAAUAGCCCCUAUGUGCAAUUUGCCCGGGAAUAUGCCGAAAAUCAAUUUGGCUUGGAUUUCAUAGACCUAACCAUUAACUUGUGCCGUGCUUGGAAUCGUUUGAGCGAAGCCCAAAGACUUAAAUAUGCGCCCAGGCGUAGCGAUUCGGACAGUCGAACGGAAAUUACCGAUGUCGAUGUCGAUGUCGAUGCCGAUACCGAUGGGCUACCGAUGCUAAUGGAUGGCGAUGCCUGCUGUUCGAAACGUCGGGCCCGACCGAAGGCCCGUUGUGCCGCGAAGCGUAAGCCGAAGUGCGCGGCAAAACCGAAGUGCGCUCGUAAGCCACGAAAGGCCAAAUGUGCCGCUAAACCGAAAUGUGCCGCUAGAGCGAAACCCAAAUGUGCCGCUAAACCGAAGUGUGCUCGAAAAUCGAAACCCAGCUGCGCUGCCAAACCCAAAUGUGCCACCACAAGAUGUUCCGCAAAGCGCAAAAGUUGCAAACCACGAUGCUCAAAGCCCAGGGAUCAGACCCUCUGCGGUCCGAUUCACAGCCAGGGCUACAUUCAAUUCCUUCGUGAUUAUCGAAUCAAACACAACGGCCUGCAGCCACAGGAACUUGUCUUGAGAGGAGCCGCCGCUUGGUAUCGUCUGCCGGACGCCAAGAAAGAUGAAUUUCGUCGCCAGGCUAGCGAGAGGAACAAAAGUCCUUCACCUAGCCAGGAAAUUGAUAUGUAUUAAUUUGAACCCGGGCCGCACAACACAUUAAUUUCAAAACAACAAAUUUUUUCAAAUCAACAGUGUCAAAAUUAAAUUU